AUGGCGUCUUCGCUGCAUCCGCAAGCCUUCCGGUCGGGCAUCAGCAGUUUCCCGUCACCGGUGAGCGACGUCACCUUGGUCUCGCAGAAGGUGGACGCUACCUCGAGCGCGGACGCUGUCACUGCCACCUCUACCAGGACUAGCAAGAAACCCCACGAGAAACCCAGUUUAUUCAGCCGGUUAUUUCGCCGGAACCGCGUGGGGGACCAGCCCAGAGAAGGCUGCGAUGGAGGCGCUGGGGGCGAUUGUGAUAACAAUUCACAGGAACUCAGCAAGAGCCGCUUACUGUUUGUGAACGAUGUGCGUCGCACGAUGGCCUACGCUGCCUAUAUGCAGAAGAAUCACCACGGGGACCCGUACUGGACGAAUACCGUGUGCUCUUCCAAGUACACAACGCUCAAUUUCCUGCCCAAGUCGCUGUUCGAGCAGUUCCGUCGCGUGGCAAACUUCUACUUCCUCAUCAUCUCCCUCCUUCAGCUGUGUACAAACCUGUCUCCCACCAACGAGUACUCGACCAUCGGGCCUUUGAUGCUGGUGCUAACCGCGACAAUGAUCAAGGAGGGGCUGGAGGACCGAGCGAGGCAUCAGCAAGACUGGAUCGUGAACCACGGCAAGGUGGAGACGCUGAACGGGGAGCUGGAAGUAGGCGGCAAGAAGAAUGCGCAACCAGCAGACGAGUUCUCGCGCACGCUGCAGCUCGGCGACUUCCAGGCCAUUUUCUGGAAGAACUUACGCGUCGGCCACGUAGUCAAAAUCCACGACCAGGAACAGGUUCCAGCCGAUAUCGUCAUCCUGUUUUCAAGCCAGGACAAUGGCGAGGCAAUGUGCGAGACCUCGAGUCUGGACGGGGAGUCGAAUCUCAAAGUCCGCCACUGUGUAAAAUGGAGCCAAAUCGUGCCUCGGUCCCCGAAAGACUUUGCCGACACAAUCCACGGCGAGAUCCGAUGCGAAGCUCCGAACAAACGACUGUACAGCUUCGACGGCGUGAUGCGGAUCUCCCAUUCAAGGUUGCAGGUCGUCGGUGAGCCUCCAGCGCCGGCGGUGCAGUCACGACCGAUAGAAGAAGUACAGACAAGUCAAGGCUCAACGCCAGCAGCGGAGGAAAUCCCCAUCACAAUCGAGAACGUGCUCUUGCGUGGCAUGAAGCUCUGCAACACCAAGUGGGUCGUGGGGGUUGUCGUCGGAGGCGGAAACGAUACGAAGCUGGUGCAGAACAUGAAGGCGAUCCCCUCAAAGUUCAGUCGCCUGGAUCGCAUUGCCAAUCGCUGCAUCUUCCUCAUCUUCUCGGUGCUCUUCGGCGUCUGCUGCUUCAGCUCCGUCCAGGCCGCGCUGUUCGCUAUCAAAGUCCACAACAAGCCGAGCUACGCUGCGGCAGUCCCGUACAUCGAAAAGUUCCACCCCGCGUACUUCCUCGAGGCGUGGGUCACGUAUUUGAUUCUGUACAACAACAUGGUCCCGAUCUCGCUUUACAUCAGUCUCGAAGUGGUGAAGUGGUACCAAGCCAAGCGGAUCGAGAACGACCCGAAGAUGUAUUGCUCGACCACGGGUCGUGGCGUGACGGCGCGCACGUCCAACGUGAACGAGGAUCUGGGGCAGAUCAAGUAUAUCUUCAGCGACAAGACGGGCACGCUGACCAAGAACCAAAUGCUCUUCAAAGUGUGCAGCAUUGGCGGCAUCAUCUUCGACGGGUCCAACAUGCACCUUCGUCGAGCAGCUCAAGCUGGCAGUGACGAUCUCUCUGGUGGCAGUGACAUGAUGAUCAAGCUCGGAUCAUCCUCAGCCGUUCGAGGCGGAAGUGCCGGAAGAGACGGCAGUGCGGACGGAAGACGCAAGUCCAAGCACGUGUCGGUCACGGAAAAGGAUGUGCGGUCGUAUACGCAGAUGAUCAAGUUCGUGGAGAACCCGACCCGAUUCUCUGGCAAAGAGGUGCAUGCGGUUGAGCUGGCGCGACCAUUCUUCCGGUGUCUGCUACUGUGUCACUCGGCUUCUGUUGCAGUGGAGGAGAGCGCGGCGUCUGCAGAUCAGUCGGGAGACACUCGAAGCGCUACGGGACGUACUCGAAGUGAAAGCGCAGACGGGAGUAUGCGAGCCGAAAGUCGACGUCAGAGUGGAGUCAAUUCCUUUACCAGUAAUCAUGCAGCAGGGGAAGCUUCGGACGCUUUCCCCUCCCUCAAAGGAGACCGGAAGUUCUUUGGUUCCUCGCCUGAUGAAGUCGCGUUACUCAACGCUGCGCUGGAAUUCGACUGCGUCUAUGAACGACGAGAUGGUGACGUGAUUCACAUCCGGUUGUUCGGCAAGAGUGAGUCGUACCAGCUCCUGGCAUUGAACGAGUUCGACAGCACGCGCAAGUGCAUGUCCGUCGUCGUCAAGAAGCUGAACCGCGACGACUCGGACGGACGGCGUCAGGACUUGAAGCUCGCUCGUGUUCGCGACACUCUGGGGGAUUUGGACCACGCCUUGGAGACUGAUCUCGACGCGCUGAGUAGCGACUCCGAGUCGGAGGAUCAAGAUAUCCUCGUCUUCUCAAAGGGAGCGGACACCGUCAUGUUCGCCAACGCCUGCAAGGAUCAGGACAUCAGCAAGCUGGCUCUGCACGUCCACUACUUUGCCGCAAUGGCGCUACGCACACUGUUGCUUGGUUAUCGAACGCUGUCCAUGGCGGAGUAUCUCGAGUGGAAAUGCGAGUUUGACGCAGCAAAGAAGGCGCUAUCUAACCGCGAGCAACUGUGUGUGGGGGUCGCCAGGCAGAUUGAAAAGUCGACCAGACUGCUGGGUGCUACUGGAGUCGAGGAUCUGCUUCAGGACGGCGUACGCGAGUGUAUUUCUCAAUUGUCCCUCGGAGGUAUCAAUAUCUGGAUGCUCACAGGCGACAAGGACGAAACUGCGAUCUCCGUAGCGCACAUGUGCGGCCUCAUCGGUCCCAAGAGCAAGAUGAUCAUUAUCAAGGGGAAGAAUAAGCAAGACUGUCUCGAUGAGAUCGCUAAAGCUCGUCGGAAGCUGAAGAGGGAGGGCGUUUGGGUCCCUGGCGUCGCAUCGCAGGACAUUUCGCUGGUGAUUAAUGGCGAGGCACUCGAGCACCUGCUAGCAGACGCAUUGACGUCAAGCACGAUCAAAGCUCAAUCGUCUUACGUCAGCUCAAACCAAGUGGCUCCACACUCGAGCAACACCAGCCACUCAGACCCGGCCUUCCACGCCAGCGCCACUAUGGACAUGCUACGAAGCGAGCGGGAUGCACAUGGAGGGCGCUUGAGCCGCUCGAUGUCUUCAAAAUCCAUGGGAAAUCUCCCUUUCCAAGCGGCUCAGAUGGUGCAGAACUCGCGGCAUCGCUCGAGUUCCAGGCCGGGAACAACUAGAUCCUCGAUAACGGAAACCAAUGGCGGCGCACAAUUGGCGCACGAAUUGUUUCUCGAGCUUGCGUCUCAGUGCCGAACAGUGGUGGCCUGUCGGUUGAGCCCCAUGCAGAAGGCCCAAGUGGUGAGCUUGAUGAAGUCUGCACCUGGUACACCACUCACGUUGGCAGUGGGAGACGGUGGCAACGACGUGAGUAUGAUCCAAGAAGCUCACGUGGGUAUCGGCAUCUACGGACACGAAGGAAUGCAGGCAGUACGCGCUGCCGACUUCGCUAUCGUCACUUUUCGUGACUUAUCGCGACUUUUGCUGGUGCACGGACGCUGGAAUCACCGUCGAGUGGCGCGCGUCAUUUUGUUCUCCUUCUACAAGAACAUGGCGCUGAUCAUGACGCUCUUCCUCUUCUCCUUCUUCAACGGGUACUCAGGCCAAACCCUGUACGAGUCGUACUUGAUGGUCGGGUGGAACGUGCUGUACACGAUCCUGCCCAUUUUCGUGCUUGGAAUCACGGACGAGGACAUUCGGGACAGCGCCGUCAUGCGCUUCCCCUUCGUCUACCGCAGCUCUCUCAGACGGAGCGAGCUGAGCAUACGCGGGCUGAGCUUUUGGGUCGUGAACGCGCUGUUCCACUCGCUGCUGGUGUUUGUUUUCGUUAAGAACGCGAUGGGAAUGGUCUCGUCAAGACACAGCCACGCCAACGGAUUAUUCCCUGAUGGAACAGCAGUCUACGGCGCUCUCAUCAUCACUGUGACUCUCAAGGCGUCGCUGCACAUGCAGUGCCUGCAUCGCUGGACAAGGGCGCAUUACAUCUCCCUGUUCGGAGGCUUCGUCGUGUACAUUUUGUUCGUCGCCGCGUACUCGCAGGCGUAUCGGAUGUUCCCCACGUUCGACGUGUUCCGCGAUUUCUCUGGUCUCGCGCAGAUCCUCUUCUCGGAGAUGCUCUUCUGGGUGCUGCUCUUCUUCACGUCCGUGACCUGCAUCUGCUUCGACUUGACCAUCAUGUACCUGAGGAAGAUGUACUUGCCAACGAGCAACGACAUUAUCCUCGAGAUCGACAGCGGACUGGGCGAGCUCCCUACGUUACCAGUUCGAAACGCUGAUGGAUCCGUCGACAAUAGGGCGGCAAAGCUGAUCUACAGCUCAUCAGGCCGGUCGGACGAGGGGAGCUACGCAGGGAUUGGUACGGGGAUAGCGGCAGGGGGAAGCGCUCGAUCGGAGAAGGGGGAGCUGGCGCCGUCACUCCUAGAGGGCGAGUGGAGUCAGCAGUUCCGCGACUUUGACCUCCCUACCGAGCACGACGAACUGUCCAAGCAGCUCGUGUCAAUACAACGAGAGCUUGCUCAGGAGAUCGGACACCCGGAUCCUCUCAGCCAGGAAGACGACGCGCACAGCUCUCGGGCCCUACGCGUUCAGCCUCCCGUUCACCCGCUCACGCUCGAGUUUAUGGGCGAAGAGCACCAACGCCUCGAAGAGGAGUACGAGUACACGUUCGCCUUCCGAGAGCGGAGCCGUGUGAUCUUGUGCCUGAAGGUCAUGGCGUUUAUGAUCCCGCUCUACGCAGUCUACGAAGUGCUCUGGGAGCGCGAGACUUCGUACAUCUGGAUCCGCGUGGGCUACUUCGUGUGCGACCUGCUCUUCAUGCGCUUCGCCCGUACCAGGUUCUUCGUUCAAAACUACCAGCUCUCGAUCCUGCUGCCGUACUCCAUGAUCGGCAUGGCGCUUACGCUGACCAUCUCCGACACGGGCAAGUUCGCUGCAGCGCUCUACCCCGUCGGUCUCUUCGUGGUCAUCCGCGUCAAAUUCCUUUACGCGCUGAUGCUGUCGAUCUACAACUUUGCCUUCUACAUGCUGGCGGACAGACUCAACUCGCUCGACUACGAGAACGGCGUGGACGUGUCCGACCUCAUGCUCUUCGCGCUUUACUUGGUGUUUGUCAUCGCCUUCGGGUCCUACGCGUGCUACUCGCUCCAGAUCACCAUGCGACGCGAUUUCCUGCAGAGCCGCUCGCUGCUCAUCGAGCAGAAGCGGUCGACCCAGAUCUUGAAGAACAUGCUGCCGGAGCACGUCGUCCAGCGCAUGCAGAAGGGCGACACUCUGAUCAGCGAGGACGAGCAGGACGUGACGAUUCUCUUCUGUGACAUCGCCGACUUCGCCUCGUUCGUCAACCGCUUCAGCCCGACCGAGGUGGUCUCGCUCCUCGACCGGGUGUACUCACUCUUCGACCAAAUCUGCCAGAAGCACGGCGUCCGCAAGAUGGAGACGGUCGGCAAGACGUACAUGGCGUGCGCUGGCUUGCAAGGCAAAGACCAAGGGAGAGAGGCAGCUCUACGUGCAGUGUCGAUGGCAUUGGACAUGCUCUCGUGUCUUGAGAAGUGCCGAGCGUCUAAUGGCAACGGCAUCAAACUGCGCAUCGGAGUUCACUCCGGUCGAGUUGUCAGUGGACUCGUGGGCAUGAAGAAGCAGCAGUUCUCGCUCUUCGGUGAUACCGUUAACACGGCAUCUCGGAUGCAGUCGACAGGUAUCACGGGGCGCUGUCAAAUCUCCCAAGUGACGUACAAGAAGCUCGUAGGGCAUUUCAGCUUUGAAGAGCGCCAGAUUGACGUGAAAGGCAAGGGUAGUAUGACCACCUACCUGGUAGGCGACCCGCUGACGGAUGUGGCCCAAAUGGCGUGUCUCGGACAACUCGAGUUCAGCACCAAGCGCGACUCGGUUCUGAUGUCGCAGUCGGUGAUCAACGUGCGCCGCCCGUUUGAGCAGGACUUCUUGGUGGCGACCCGCAACCGGAUCCUGCACUCGGCUAGGCAGCGAUGGAAGAAGUACGACCCCAUCCGCAUGCUGCUCGGUACCCCACCCGAUCUCGCUUCAUUUGGGGGCACCGACACGAGCGAGAGCGUCGAGCAGCACAUGCUGACGGAGAUUCGGCUGCUGAAUAUGUGCUUCCGAGACGAGGAGAUGGAGAACAAGUACCUCGAGAAUACUCUGUCUGACCGAGUGGAGGGUGCACGCACUACGCUGCUCGCUCUGGCAGUGUACGCGUCGUUCACCUGCAUGCGCGAUCUGCUGGUGGAAAUCUUCUCGGUGCUCAGCUCGGACGCCCCGCAGAAGGAGAUCUCGGCCACGAUGUACGUCAUUUUGCUAUUCAUUCGCAGUCCGUUCGCCAUUGUGGCGAUACUCGUGGCGCGUCGCGUGCGAGACGAGUUCGUCUUCUACUCGGAAGUGAAGCUCCGCAACGUGCUGCUUGGGUUCUACCUCAUCGGGUUGUUCGUGUUCACCCUCGCUGAGGCGCUACUAUGGGGUUUGAAUUAUAAGGCCGACAUCGACACCUCGCCGAGAUACGUGAACUUGUGUCUGGACACGGUGCUGGCAAUGUUCGUCGUCUCCAAUGGGCGAUCGAUCCUGUACCGCCACGUCGUGGUGUUCAACGUCUUGGCGCUGGUGAUGGUGUCCAUCACCACGCUGGUCUCGCUGCAGGCGUAUCACCAGGACGCAGCCAAGUUCAACUCCAAGUUCAAGACGAGCUACCCGAUUGUCCUCACGUACUUCUCGGUGGUGGCCAACAUCAUCGCGUCACAGAGCGUCGAGUUUUUCACGAGGCGGCAGAUCUGGCUCAAGACCCGGACGCAGCUUGAGACGAUGAACGCCGACCGACUGCUGUACCAAAUGCUCCCGGCCGCUGUGGUUAUGAGGCUCAAAGAGGGCGAAAUGGUCUGCGACCAGCACCAGCAAGUGGGCAUCCUCUUCUCGGACAUCAAGGGCUUCACGUCCAUUGCGUCGCAAGCUGCCACCGCCCAGGUCGUCAACAUCCUCGCGUCGUUGUUUUGCGCCUUCGACAAGCUCACUGAGAAGCACGGAGUGUUCAAGAUGCAGACAAUCGGGGACGCGUACGUGAUCGUGUCGGGUCUGCCCUACGUCGAUAUGAGUCUGGGUCCCGGACUAGUGACAAGCUCCGCCAGCACCGCCGACAUGUCGAACGCAGACGCCAGCAUGUCCGUCGCGCCGGCUGGUAGUACUGGCAUUCCGGCGGGUAUCGCGUCGACAUUAGCUCGACUGUCUAGCAACCGCGUGCUCCCGUUAGAGCGGAAGAGCGAGAUCAUUGGAAAUGACGGCAAUCCUCGAGGCUCAGGAGCCAAACUCCGGUCGCAUUUACUGCGCAGAAGCACGCUGAAGCACAAACACCAAAUGCAUCUUCGCAACCACAUCCACGACCUGCUGGCCAUGGCGCGGGACAUGCACAAGGAGGUGCGCAAGGUGCAGGACCCGAACACGGGCGAGCGACUGCAGAUGCGCAUCGGAAUCCACGUCGGCAACAUCAUCGGCGGCGUGAUCGGCACCACGACACUGCGCUACGAUAUGUGGGGGCCGGAUGCUCUCACGGCCAACGAACUCGAGUCGAACGGCGUCCCCGAGAAGAUCCUGGUGAGCCCCAUCGUCCAGGAGGUGGUCAAGGACAUGAUCGACAUCCGCUGCACGUUCCACCGCAAGAUCAACUUCACCAACACGCCCAUGAUGGACACGUAUCUCGUCGAGUUCAUCGAGCCUGACGGCAGUGGGGGUAAGGGCGGCACGGCAGGCAGCGGCGGCAGGAUAAACAGCGGCAAGCAGCUGAACGAGCCCAUUCGACCCGGGUCCGUAUGCUCUGACGAUAGCAAGAAUCAUGCUGGUGCGGGCUCAGAGCCUACGUGA